UUUGCUCUGCUCGUCAGCUUGUGAAUGGACGCAACAUGGCGGAGAAAGGUAGCUGAGAACAGCCGCAGUCCUCCCGGUCCAGUUCUCCAGCACGGCAGUGGAACCGGUCCGUGUUAGCUCAGGUGUCAGGUGUGGGGAUCCUACGUGGGUUGUUGGGACACUGCGAGAGGAAAACUUUGUGGAAAAUGCGAAUGAGGACUUAAAGAUGAGCCGACACACAACAGGUAACAAGUGCACGUCACUUGUGUUUGUUUGUGCAGACGUGCAGGAGUCUGCAGAGGACUGUGCCCCCUCCCCACCGCUGCCUGCGGAUCAUGUGUUCAACUCCGGAGCUGUGCUGUUCCCUGGUGCUUUUGAUCAACACGGCUGCCCUUUGAUCGUGUUCCCGGUGGACGCACAAGACGGACUCUCCUCAGAUCUCAGCAAAGCAGAAGUGGUGGACUUCAUAAAUUACUUUCUGUGUGUGCACAAUAAGAAGCAGGAGAAGGAUGGUUUGGUAUCGGUGGUGGCUGAUCUGCGGCAGGCCUCGCUCCAGACGACGAGGUUCAUCGCUGAGACUCUGCUUCUGCUUGAGCUUCACAAGCGCACGGUCCACAGCGUGUACAUGAUUCAACCCAAACGAAAGGACGCCCUGAAGCUGUUGCUGAAACUUCUGUCUCCAUCUAAGUCUUACAAUACCUCGUUCAAGAAAGUCCUCCUGAAGGAAAUCUCAGAGCUCUCAAACUACAUCGACAGGAGCCAGCUCACAGCACCUCUGGGUGGUUAUCUCGUCUACUGUCAUCACAGCUGGGUCGCCUUCAUUAAGGAGAUCGAUGUGUUUGUUCAGGAGUUCCUCUCAGUGGUCCAGCGGCUGCCCUCGAGUAUCUCCACCCUGCAGGCUCUGUCCAGGCUGCCGCUGCCCUCCACCCUCAGCGAGCUCCAGCACUUCUGCGGCACCAACGAAGCCAAGUUCCAGCAGCUCAGGAGGGAUUUGGGGCUGGACGAUCUGCUGACUCACUGUGAGAAAAUUCUGGAGAAGCUGCGUUACCCGGAGAAGGAGGCGUGCUACCAGGCAAUGGCCGGCACGGCGCUCUUCACUCACACGGCCUUCGACAUGUUGCAGAACCACAGCAGGAUCACUGCUGCAGUAGAGAAAGUGGAGCUUCUGUGGCAGCAGGCUUUUUCUAAGGCCCGUCUGCAGCUGCAGGUGUGUCAGCUGAGAGGGGACUCUCUGCAGGUCACUGAGCAGAUCAAAACUCUGUUUGAAGACAAACUUCAUCCUUACAAAAUCGACGUAGCUCAGGAUGCAGCAAAGGCAGCGAGGCUGGUGUCUGAGUUUGAGGCGUCCAUUCACACUCCUGCCAUGGCUCUGGUCCGCUGUGCUGAAGAUGUGAUCCACACGCUCUCGGAGGUCCUGCUGUGUGACGGUCAGCCUGCAGAGCGCUGGGCUCUGGAUCUGGAGAGGCUGAAGGAGAAACUUCACUCUGCGGUCGUCUUCAUCCUCCAAACACUCAGAGCGGUUUCCAGCUUUCAUCAUUACUACAACAAGGCCAGAAGUUGGUACCAUUUGGUCCUCUGUGAGAACUUCCUGCAGGAGCUGCUGUCGGGGGUUAACGGAGGAGCUGGAGGAGACACGGCACAGAGGCAGAGGAGGAACAGAGGGACCAUUCCUGCAUGGAGACACAAACUAUCCAUGUUCCUGAAGAAGAAUCCUUCUCCUGAUCUGGAGGAGCUUGUCCACCUUGCUCACCUCUCCUCCGUCAUCCCGGAGGACGAGGUGCAGCAGUCGGGGAGGCAGAUGUCUCAGAGGUGUAUGACUCUGAGGAAGCUGCUCCUGUCAUCGGGCCCGGUGCCCGUGGGUCACCUGCAGCAGGCCUUACAGUGGCAGUACGAGCUGUUACGGAGCGGCCAGGUUCAUCAUUCCUCUAAUGACGGGGACACAAAAAGAACAAAUCAGGAUGUUCCCGAUCCGAGUAAAUGUGAAAGUGUCAAAGAAGAAGCUGCACAUCUUCUCACAGCGUCUCCUGCAGCUGCCGGGGUAGUGCUGGCUGAGGGUAAACCAGCCUCCCUCAGCUCCUUUGACUCGGGCUUCGAUGGAGCCGGGAGCAGUCCGCUGGAGAUCAGAGACUGUGUGAGACCUGUUCAGAGUCGGCCUCAGACCCACAGAGAGAACCUCUGCAGCGUUUCAGACUGUGAGGACCUCCGAGACGAGUUUGACUUUGGCUCUGUGGGAAACUCCUCGAGGGCUAGCAUCCAGAUCAUCCCCAAAGUCUGCGUGGAGUCUCUAAACUUUGAGAUCAAAGUGAAGCGCUCGGCCGCUCUGCCCUCUAAUCCCUGGCUCAGCCUGCCCGUGGACGAUCUGGAGAACUCUUAUACUGUUACCAUUACCCAGAAUGCAACACCGCAGAAAAGAGACCCACAGCCUCCCUUACAGCCCUGCUCUGAGUCUAACCGCUCUCUGAGGGACCAGCCCACUCAGACCGAGGUGUUGAACAGCUCUCAGCCUCAGAUCAGAGACUGGAUCCUUAACUCACAGAGCGGUCUGGACGAUCCUGAGCUGAGUCCGAUCAGAAACAUCCUCUCCAGUACCAUCACAGAGCAGAGAGACAUGUCCGCCUGCACAGAGGGGGUCCCCACUCUCCUCUGGGACUCUUAUGACCUCCACAACCAGGAGCAGGACUCUGCGGACCGUUUGAUUGAUGUGUCCCUGAAGGACUGGGACGUGAAGGAGCAGGAGGGUUUGAUGGAGGUUGAGAAGAUCCUGGACAGAGCUGAUCAAAUACUGGAGAAAGAGGAGAAAGUCCUGGCUCAGGAGGCUGUGCUGGACGCCCUGCUGAGGUCAGAGGUCAGGCCCGUCCAGUGGCCUCUGUGGGACAGUGAAGAGCAGCCUGGUGUGAUGUCGUCGAGUGAGCUGGCUGAAGCUGGAGUUCUCGGUCUUGACGAUUACAUCGACCCUGCAGGACUCGGCAACCUGAGCGAGCCCAGAUCAGCUGGAACUAAAGCUCCUGAGGAAGACGCUGACACUGGAGCAGAUGCAGGAACAUUUCCCAGCGGGUCAGACCUGCUAACAGAGCUCAGACAAGUCCAGGUCCUGGAUGAGCUCAUCAUGGAGGAAAACCUCAAGAUUCAAGAGCUCAGACGCUACGAAGAAAAGCCCAAAGAAGAGAGUAAACCUUUGGAUUCAAACGGGCCCCUGAGUGUGAGUAAAGAGAGGGAGGCUUUCCGCUUACAGGUGGAGAAAGAGAAGAGGGAGGUGGAGAAGCUCGAGAAGAGUCUGGACAAAGAGCGUAAAAUGAAGAAACACAAACGCAGAGCGACAAAGGUUAUAAAGUGUUCGGUAAUGGAGAAGGCAAGAAGUGAGAGCACGGAGGACCGAGCUCUGUGCCAUGAGAUUUUAUCAGGUAACAGAUCACAGAGGACGGCUUUGGUCCGCAGUGACUCUCAGGACGCUCAGGAUGACUCUAGAACUGAAGCUGAAUCCUGUCCUGAGGUUUCCAAAGAUGCUUCACAACUUCCAGAUUCCCAAUGUCAGGAUCAUCCCUCUGAAGCUGAGCUCACAGGAUCUAAUAAAACUACAUUUCUAAGUAGCUCUGAUUUGAAGGAGCCUUCUGAAGAGGUGGGAAUCCAGCCUCAAGAAGAAGGCACCAACAGGAAGGAAAUGGACGGAUCAGGUGAGAACUUUAAUAAUAUAUGCAAACCAGAAGCAUCUUUAACCCCUCAAAUGAGGCCAGACGAUGGAGCAUUUGACCCCGGUGGACAUCCACACCUUCCUCCUGUGCCCAAACCAAUAAUCUCUUCUCUUCCUGUGAACAAUAACCUCACAGAACCAGAAGCUCCUCCUUCCACAGAGCUGCAGAGUCCCACUCUGUCGUCAGCUUCAGAUCGUGGUUUGAUGCAGAGUGAUCGACGAGAUGAAGAAGUCGAUGCACUCCCAGAGAGUCUAACUCCAGAAAUCAGUUUGGUUCUUAAUCCUAAUGUGAAGGAACACAGCAACAACAACAACAACAACCAUGCAGACCCAGAGGUUUCAUCAUCUGAGUUAACCCCUGAUGAUGAAGAGGACUCACCUGUUGGACCUGCAUGUUUGCUGCAGACAGAUUUGCCCCACGCAGAGGAAGUGGAGGCUGCAGACGGGAUCCCACUUCAGCCUGCUCCUGACCGUGCUCUACAGGAGUUCAACCACAGAAGAAGAGACGAGCAGAGUGAAGACCUGACAGACGGUGUUCAGAGAUCAGACGCCAUGAGGACAUCGGGGCCUGUGACACCUGGGAUUCAGGCCCAGCUGGACAUCAGCACGAGAGAGAUGACAGAUUUUAAGACCCCCAUCGUUCUGGAUACAGGGUCUGGUUUGAUGAAAGCAGGCUUCGCAGAUCAAGACCUUCCAAAUAUUAUCUUCCCAACAAUUAUAGGAAGCCCAAAAUAUGAGGAGAUCAUGAACGGUAACCUUGAAAGGGAUACUUACAUCGGACAUGAGGCUCAGCACAUGAGGGGGGUCCUGGCUCUGAAGCAUCCCAUAAAGAACGGCAUCAUUCGUAACUGGGACGACAUGGAGAAGAUUUGGCAUCACACGUUCCAGCAGCUGGGUGUGGAUCCAGAGGAUCAUCCUGUUCUGAUCACUGAGGCCGCCAUGAACCCGUUACAGAACCGCCAGCGGAUGGUGGAGAUCAUGUUCGAGUGUUUCUGCGUUCCCUUCACCUACGUGGCCAUGCAGGCGGUGCUGGCACUCUACGCAGCCGGGAAAUCCACCGGUGUUGUGUUUGACUCUGGAGACGGAGUGAGCCACAGCGUGCCUGUGUUUGAAGGUUACAGUCUACCUCACGCCGUGCAGCGCUUCCCUCUAGCUGGUGUCGACGUUACAAUGCAUCUUAAAAAGCUCCUGCAGGAACAAGGCGUGUGCAUGCGCACCACAGCAGAGAUGGAGAUCGUGCGGGAGAUGAAGGAGAAGUGCUGCUGUGUCGCUCUGAACUACGAGUCUGAGCUGAGCCGGGGGAGGUCGUCCUGCAGAGAGAUGCAUUACACCAUGCCAGACGGACAGAUCGUCACACUCGGCACAGAGAGGUUCAGGGCCCCUGAGAUUCUCUUUAAACCCGAGCUCAUUGGACGGGACCAUUACGGGAUACACGAGAGCGUCUUCAAGUCAAUCCUCAGCUCGGACAUCGACCUGCGGCGCUGCUUCCUGGGAAACAUCGUGCUGUCAGGAGGGAACACCCUGCUGGAUGGCCUGCCUGAGCGGCUCCAGGCUGAAAUCAAAGGACUGGUUCCCCCCGACACGGGGGAGAGUGUUCAUGUCACCAGCCCGAAGGACAGAGACUUUUCAGUGUGGAGGGGAGGAGCAGUGCUUGCCAACCUGCCCACCUUCAGCUCCGCAUGGAUCAGUCAUGAAGAAUACGAGGAGUACGGACCGCAGAUCAUUUUCAGAAAAUGUUUCUGAGAUGAACUCUGAGUAAUGUACCGAUUAACUUUUUACUACACAAAGUGCAAUAUACAAACAGCCCGAAAACAGUGCCAUGGACCGGUCCUCCUUUAAUAUUUAUCUGUCUUGUAUGUAUUUACGCUUUAAACCUGCAGUCGGUGUGGAUCCUGGCUAGUGUGCCCUAUCACCUGAGCUGCUACUGACCCGCUGCACACUCUAAGCUAUAUGCUCGAGGUUCCAGGCUCUUUGCCCUGUUGCUAAGAGCCACAAACAUGGCAUGGAUGAAAUUUAUAUUUAUGCCCUUAAAAUGUUGUCUGUCAGUGUUACUGUUCGUUAAGCGCCUUAAACUGUGUCUAAACUUCCCCAAGUUGGGUUCUAUUUUUGUGUCCCAUCAAUUAAUAAGCGAAAGUUUAAAGUAUAGAAAUGUUUGUGUUUAAGAGACAAGAAUUGAAGCUGGCCUUUAAUUGAUGUCUGCCAAUUAUUUUUUCCAAAAUAAGAGGUUGAGGGACAAAGAUAAAUCACUCAACGUGCUGACUAUAUAAUCAAAUAUCAAAUAUAUAUUUAUACAAAGAUGUAAACACAGUUGGUGUAACAGUUUGAUCCUAAUGUGUGCGACAUGGUGCAAGUUGGAUUUUGAAUGAUUUGGAUCAGUGCAGCUGUGCAGUGUUCAUGAUCUUAAAAUGGAUUAUUAAGACCACUUUUCUCAAACUUUUUUUCUGGAUUUUAUGUUCCUUUUUUUUCCCCCUUAAAUAUCAAGAAAAUGUUUGCUUGUAAUGUUAUGUCUUUUUUCCCCUCACACGUAUCAUAACAUUACAGCUUUAGAAGAUGUUAGCACAUUAUCUAGGAACAUUUUUAAUUUCUUGCAGAUGAGAAAAAGUGGUUCCCUCUUUUGGUUAAAGAUCAUUGUACAUGCAAGUUUGCUGUUUCUGCAGGAGUGUGAACCGGUGGGGAGAGACGUGUGGAUUUGUGGGAUAUGAAGUUUGUUUACUAGUAAACAUGUAGCUGAGUCAUUGUAAAUUAAUGGUUAUUUUCUAGCUGAAGAGCCCUUUGGUCAGCAUGUCUUUUGUUGUCUUCAUGGUGUAAGAUGUGAAGUGCGGUAUUUGAGUGCUAAUACCUCUUAUGUCUGUAGAAUAAGCAGAUGAAGUUGAUGCUACUGCUGCAGGAACAGUUUUUGUUUGAUGUGUCAUUUUUUUCUAUUUGAGUGAUGUGUCUUAUAAAUGAUUUCCUGAGUUUUGUUUAGAAUUGUUAAAAGUUGUGUGCAUGUUUUUUUUUGUUCUCUUUCACAGUAGUGGUCAUUACUUGUGAAUGGUGUUGCCAAAUCUGCUGUAUUUAUCUCUUUACCAUGAAACCUUGAAGACCCCUGAAGCCAACCUGUAUAUAAAUAUUAAGUUUACUUUUUGAAUGUGGAGUUUUUGCAUUGAAUUAUUAUUUUUUUUGCAUGUAAUUAAGUUGCUCUUUUUCUGCAUGUUUUCCUCUGUGUGCUUGCUUGUCUUUGUAUUUUGCUUUUUAAAAGGCAAAGGGGGGUUAUCAUGUGACCUAAAGCUCAGCUCUGAAGUGGGAAUCACCAUUAAAUGUGACUGUAGUGUUUUCAGUCAGAGCCUCGUGUAAAGGCCAGGAUGAACAGCUCAGUCUGCCUCGUUUACUGGCUUCAUUUGAAAGAAACCGUCUUUGUCCCCUAAAUGUACUGCAACAGUCUGGACUGAGUCUUGCAACUUUUCACCCAAACCAUGCUAUGUAUGUGAUGUCUGUUUUUAUAAUAAAUAUUUUAAUCAUCA